AUGGCCACCACCAGGGCGAUUGGUUUGUUGUUGUUGUUGCUGUUGUUGGUUUUGUUAAUGGUGGACUUAACUUUUGCUGCUAGAUUCUUGAAGGGCUAUGGAGGAAAUGGCGGCGGAGGCGGAGAAGGGUCGGGACCUUUGUCAGGUUCGGGAUAUGGCUCGGGUAAUGGCACUGGAUAUGGCGAUGAAGGCUAUGGGCAGCAUGGGAGUGGCGGUGCUAAUGGAACCGGUGUGGGCCGCGGGUUUGGGUCGGGAAGUGGGUCCGGGUAUGGGUCUGUUGGUGCAGCAGGCCCUGGUGAAGGAGGUGGCGAAGGCGGUGGUGGAGGUGGAGGUGGAGGCUCAGGCUUCGGAAGUGGGUGGGGAUAUGGCUCGGGAUAUGGAAGUGGGGGUGGCUAUGGAAGCGGAGGGGGUGGAGGUGGCGGUGGCGGAGGAGGCGGUGGUGGCAGUGCAGGAGGAAUGGCGGGAGGAUCCGGAAAGGAUUCUGGAUCAUGGGUCGGGUUAUGGGUCUGGAUAUGGAGGAGGGGAUGA